AUGGCUGGCCUCACAGACACCACGCUGCACCAACCAUCCACACGUACAAUAGAGUGCUGGUCCGGGGACACUUUUGACCUUGGCCGCAUCGAGUUCAGCGACAUGUCCCAGAUGGUCUUUGAUAGCAAAUGCAGCUCUUUGGACGCCCCUUUCCCUGCCGCAGACGGCGGCUUUAUUAUGGACCUUGGGCCCGAGAUGUACAAUAGGCCGUUGCAGCCAUACGAUGUAGUACCCGUUGGUACUAUCGCUGCCUCACAAAUUUCGAACCCUGCUCUUGACGAUAACGCGUGGACCACACACUCGUGGCCAAUAUCCCCGAUUAGCGAUUCUUCCACCCUUUCUAUCAUUGCUAGCGCGUCGACCACACUAGCCCUAGCGGAACAACACAGCUCGGAAAUACAGCAGCUCGCCGGCACGAAACACAGGCAUAGCGAGAUACACGUACAUAGCGCAGGGUCGGCAGAUGCAAGGGUAAGCUUCGCGUCGCAGUCUACGCCGUCGAAUAGGACGGCCGUUCCAAGCAGCAAUAAGAAGAAGAUGAUACGCGAGAAGAACCGAAGCGCUGCGACCAAAUAUCGUAACAGGAUGAAGUGCGAAAUCAAAGAGCUUCAAGAGACAGAGAAACAGCUCUCGGAGAAGAACAGUACCCUAAGCGCCCACGUUCAGGAAUUACGCGAUGAGAUCCUCGCUCUCAAGAUGGAGAUCCUGCGGCAUAGCACUUGCAAUGACCAGGGCAUCCAGGCUUUCAUCUUGGGGGAGAUUAGGAAGUUAAUUAUGGAUUGA